AUGAGUGCUCGCGAUGCCCCGAGGGAGAUCCAGGAGAUCAAUGGCCUAGUGUCGAAUUGGCGGCCGCAGCUUCAGCUCCUCGAGCGCCUUUUGAACCGAAAGGACGCACAGUUGACGGAGGAUCUCAUCAAUGGAGGUAUCCACGACGUUCGACAGCUCGUCGAUGAACUCAAUGAAACUCUGGCGAAGCUUGAGAAACCAAAUAUUUGGAUGAGGUUCAUGUGGCCGAUUACUACUAAAGAUAAGAUUCAAGACCUUUAUGGCCAACUGGAGAAGCGAAUGUCCGUCAUCCUCGCAAUUGUGACUACGGGCGGCAGAUUGGGUCUCGAAGAUAUAGGUAAUCGAAUCAAAGAGAUCGACGUGCUCACAACAAGUAUACUUACCCCAGAUUGGCAUCAUAAUUUUGAGCUGACAAGUGCAUCAGGCGAGCAUGAGAGACGGAACAUUCUGGAGUGGCUCAAGCCUGGGAACAUCGACGCGCACGAAACUCACCGCCAUAAACGAGCACUACGAGAGGAAGGGACUUGUGACUGGCUUGUUGACUCAAACAUAUGGAGAGACUGGUGCCAGGGAGGCUCUGCAACCUUCUCUCGUUUCCUCUGGAUACACGGGCUUCCUGGAGCUGGCAAAACUGUUCUGGCGUCUUUUGCCAUCGAUGAUGUUGCUGGCUCGUACCAACACAAAGGCGUUGCCUUCUACUACUGCUCUCAUGAACGUCAGAAGAAAGAGCAUACUUCUUCUGAGGAGGCAUGCUCAUUCCUGCGUUGGGUCAUCAGGGACCUUACUGCCCAGGUCACUCGCCCGGUGUCCAUAGCCGCGGCCCACCAUGCAAUAAUCCCAAAAAUUCUGAAGGAUCUUUACGACAAGAACGACUUCCUCGUGAAUGAUCUUUUGGAUUGUUUACUGUCUGUGACGCGAUACAUCUCCAAUGAGUUCAAGCGCCAAAUCUACAUUAUUGUCGAUGCAGUCGACGAGAGUCCUUCUCCCCGGAGUGAACUCCUCAGAAUUUUGACAACCAUUGGUGCCGACUCUGAAUGGAAACACGUCUCGCUUUGCUUCACAAGCAGGAAGGAGACAGAAAUUACCGCAGCGAUUGACGCCAUUCAGCCUCCAGAUGAGACUCGCAAGCCUUCGCCGUUGGUAGUAUGUGGUCGGAAAAUCCUGCAGCCAAAGUCGCCAUCAAAACGUUUAGGGAUCCCUCGAUCGGAAUCAGUGACACCGGAACCAAGGGGACCCGACGGUUGUCUCACAAAUGUUCUCGCUGCUAAUCAGAUUGAAAGUCCACGAGGACGACCUUUGAGCCUAAAGGGGUUUGACGGUGGUUCUACAACCAUGUUCGCUGCUGACCAGAUGGAACGGUCACGAGGUCGACUUUCCUCGUGGGUCAGCUCACGGUUUCCAUCUGGCUCCCAGAAGAAAAGCAGAUCCGAGAACAGGAAGUCAUCGGGGAAUUUCCUAUCGGCACAAGAUACACGAGAACGAUCUUUGUCACUCGGCGGGGCUGAUGAUGUAUUCGACGAUGAUCCCAUGGAGAUAGAUUCAUCCCAUCUUUCCGAUUCACGCUCUGCUAAACAGGGGUGCACCAUUCUAUGCAUGGACAACGUUUACGUGGUCGAUGCGAUCCGUACCUUUGUGCGGAACCAGUUGGAGGACCGCCCGGCUUUCCAGAAAUGGAGCGAGGAAGACCUGGAUGUGGUUGUCGAAGAGCUUGCGAGAAGGGCAAGAGGAAUGUUCAGAUGGGCCGCAUGCCAAGUUGACCACAUCAUCAAGUCGAAACUAUGCGACAAGAAAUCUAUCAUGAACAGGCUUGACAGAAUGCCUUCAGAUAUCUUCGGCACUUAUGAGCGCACAAUUGCGGACCUUCUACCAGAGGGUGAAGGCCAAAAUAACCAUAACCGCAGUUUCGCCCGCACUGCACUGGCGUUGAUCUGCAGUCCAUCUUCGAGCAUCCCUUGUGCUGAGGUCCUAGUCGAGGCAUCUCGCUUCAAUGUUCCGUUCCACAGCGCGCUGGAAUUCAAACUUCCACAACUUGAAGAGGUUCUUGGGUGCUUGAUCACUGUCACAUCCAUCCGGCGCCCGCCGGAGUCCAUCUACAAUCACGAUGAACGGGAUCCAAGUGCCUCAAAACGUGUCUCUGUCGCCCAUUACACGGUCAAGGAGUACCUAUUUGACGAAGCAACCACUUUGGGCGGGGCUAAAUACUUUGCCUUGUCGACAGAGGCGACCCAGACUCUUGAACUUCAUGUCAUUUUCAGAGGCCUGAAACAUUUUGGCUCAUCCCGGCCCCUUGACAUGAAACAUCCUACGCGCUACGAAGAGUACUGCCUCAAGAUGACAGACAAGGCUCUAAAGGAACGGAGAGACCUCAUUCUGCAGGACAAAACAGUUUGGCAAGUUGUGACUGAAUGCUUGAGGUGGGACAGCAGGCACCAUCAACCGAAAUUGGGAGCUUUUCCCAACUUAAGAAUCCGGAAAAACUUUCCCAACUGGCAAAAGACAUCACCCUUCGAGUCCGGAGCGGAGCCAAAGAAUUCCGAGACCAGUAUUCUGGUCAGCCUUAUGCUGCUUCAGUGGCCCGAAUUGGCCAAAGAUUAUCUCUCAGGGUUGCCGGCGAAAACAAAGAGGAAGAUUUGGAGAGACCACUUCCAACUCAGCAACACGCACAGAGUUGACGGAACUGAGCCAGAGACGGUGAUGCAGCUUUGCGUUACCCGGCGAGACACUGCUUUCCUGCAGACGCUGAUUGAGUCUAGGGUGGACGUCUCAAGCGAGACCAAUCUGGUCAUGGACGUUUUCUUCCACGCUUAUGGUCACAAGAGCUUGGACGAUGAGGAUGGUGGCGCAAAGACGGGCCAGCUGCUCAAGAUGCUCCUUGAGCGCGGAGUCCGACCCGACGCCCCCGACUAUACCUUCACGCCGUUGCAGUUCGCUGUCACUUACCUCGAGGACGGCUGGGUGCAAGCACUCCUUCAGGAGGGAGCUGAUCCAAAUGGAGUCGGCGAUGCCAAAGGUGAAUUCUCCUUCGGCAAGGGGAAGGAUGAGAUCCAGGGCCAUCUCACGCCGUUGCAGAUCUGCAAGGAAACGGAGCCUGAGGGGCUCAGCUCUGAUCUGGGCGAUGAACUGAUGACCACGGCCAGAGACACAGUUGAGUUCUUGCUGCGUCAAUGGGGAGCCAAGGACGAUGACGGAGGAGAUGAGGGCAUUGAUGUUGGAGCUGAGGACCCUGGAUCGGUUAUUGUUAUUGAUGAGUAG